AUGCCUUACUUUACUCUUCAUGCCGCUCUAGUCGGCAGUGUGGCUGCCCGAGUAGCCCACGCCUACACUCAAGCCAACGUUUACUAUGAUCCUUUCAUGUACAAGAACAUCGACCCGAUCAAGUUUCCCGGAGAAUACGGAGUCUCGCACAUGCACAGCUUCUUCGGUUCCGAUGGGGUUACAGCCACCACCAAUUCAAGCGCUGAAUUGCAGGCCGGCUGUGGAACAACAGACAACCCAAAUGAUUUGUCUGCUUACUGGGUUCCUUCUCUCGUAUACACCGUUGAUGAUGGGGCAACUUACGACUACGUUCCCCUCUUCCGUUUCUCGGCCUACUACAAUCUGGGCGAGACGGAAGCCGAAGUCCCCAUCCCGCAGAACCUGAAGAUGGUCGCCGGCUCUGCCACCGCCACAACGGCCGACGAAUCGCCAGCCGACGCUCAGGUUCAGUGGUUCUGCGAGGACGAUGACAUCGACGCAGACGAGAACGGCUUCCCCAGCUCUACGUGUAGCACAUUCCUGCAGACGCUCCUGUACUUCCCUCAGUGCGUCAACGUCGACACCCUCGAGACCGAGUAUAAGAGCUCAAGCUACGGUACUACCAACUGGUGCCCCGAGGGUUACAACAGCAUGCCCCAGCUGCGCUUCUCUAUCCGGUACGACUUGCGCGAUGCUCUGCCUGAUGGGUGGAGCGGGACUGCACCCUUCCAGCUGGCAAGCGGCAAUGCAUACUCAAGCCAUGGCGACUUUAUCAUGGGUUGGACUGAGGAGUCAGCACAAACUAUGGUUCUGGCAACCGCUGCCGAGUACAAGUAUCAUUACUACGCUGUUAACGGUGAUCUGGGCAACGCCGGCGAUGAGCCUACUUGCACUGCUACCGAUGCCGACCCGGACAAUGGGACUUCUGACUAUGCCGAGUCUGUGGCCGAGAUGGAUAGCUCCAGCACAAAGCGCUCUGCUCGGGUUCCGCGGUCGUUCAGAAAUCGCUCAACUCGCAUGUAA